AUGUCCGCAUCCGAAAAAUUCACGCACUACGUCCAAGACAAAGAUGAUUCGGAGCAGCGCCCCGUUUUCACAGAGGACGGCUAUACCUUCGUCUACCUCAAGCAUAACAAUCUGUACCUCAUGACCGUAACUAAAGUAAAUUCGAACGUUGCACUGAUGCUUAUGUAUCUCACACGCAUCUGCCAAGUAUUUCGUGAAUACUUUGGCGAGCUUGAGGAAGAAAGUAUUCGUGAUAAUUUUGUUAUUAUCUUUGAACUUUUAGACGAGACAAUGGAUCAUGGGUAUCCUCAAACAACCGAAGCUCGUAUUUUACGCGAAUAUAUUACUCAAGAAGGCCACAGGCUCGAGGCAGCGCCACGUCCACCAACUGCGCUUACGAAUGCUGUUUCUUGGCGUAGUGAAGGCAUUAAGCAUCGCAAGAAUGAAAUAUUUCUUGAUGUUGUGGAAAAACUAAAUCUUCUUGUCUCAAGUAAUGGGACUGUGCUGCAUUCAGAAAUUAUUGGAGCUGUGAAAAUGAAAAGUUUCUUGUCGGGUAUGCCGGAGCUCAAGCUCGGUCUUAAUGACAAGGCACUUUUUGAAGCUACAGGGCGGUCUUCUAGCAAAGGCAAAGCAGUGGAAAUGGAAGAUAUCAAGUUUCAUCAGUGUGUUCGACUUGCUCGCUUUGAAUCGGACCCUACACACGUGAAGCCACUAAUUUGGGUUGAGGCAGUCGUGGAACCUCAUUCUCGCUCGCGUAUCGAAUACAUGGUUAAGGCCAAGUCACAGUUUAAAAGUCGCAGUAUUGCCAACAAUGUGGAGAUCGUCAUUCCAGUACCUCCUGAUGUUGAUUCUCCUAGUUUCAAGUGCAGCAUUGGAUCCGUGACGUAUGUACCAGAUCGUGACGCUAUUGUUUGGUCCAUUAAGCAGUUUAAUGGUUCUCGUGAGUAUCUUAUGCGAGCACACUUCGGGCUGCCUAGUAUUGAUAACCAUGAGGCAACAGACGACUGGAAAGCUCCAAUUCAAGUCAAGUUUGAGAUCCCUUACUUUACGGUCUCGGGCAUUCAAGUGCGCUACUUGAAAAUUAUCGAAAAAAGCGGUUACCAGGCACUUCCGUGGGUGCGUUACAUCACGCAGAACGGUGACUACCAGCUACGAAUGUCUUAG